UUUAUUUAAAAAAAAUUACUUGUCAUAAAAAUGUUAGCUGGUAAUGCAUUAGUAAUUUUAAAUCAAUAUUUUAAAACUUUAAUUCUAAUACAGUAAGUAUUGAUAUAACUGACAGAAACAAAAGCUCCCUGGGCUCUUUAAUAAUCUUUAAGACCGUAAAGCCAUCUUGAGGUCAAAUUUGAGAACCAAAGCUGUGAUGCAACCUCUUUUUGAACAAACGUGGAUGCCUCAUCACCACAAUUUCAUCUUUUCUAGCCUCCAUGACUUUUUCUUGUUUCCUCUGGCUGGGCUGAAUUUCUUCAUUUCUGCCUGCCAAAAGCCCUACCCCUCCUUCAAGAGCAUCUAUAACUGGUUAUCCUUGAAUUUGGUCCAGAUUUCGCUGCCUCCUUGGCACCCUCUUCCGCGAUGCUGGGCCCUCCAGGGCCAGGCCUCCCUCGGACACGUGCCCUCGUUAGCCUUGGAGUAUAGUAUGAACACUCUGUUUUGACUGAGGCUCUCUUGCCAGCCUGGUCUAGAUUUCUCCCCUCACCAGUCCGGCACAGGCACCAAUGGGAGGUGCCUGGGCUCCACAGGCCCUACGGGGCCAGAGGGUCGCCGGUGGCGUCAACCAAGUGCACGACAGCCCACGGGUGGCUAGGCGCGCGGGAAGAGCCGGAGCCCGACCCCCGCCCACCGCGUUUCCUGGCAGCGCCCUGCCGCGUAGGGGCGGAGCCGCGCGCCUACACAGGGUGUGGCCUCCAGCCCGCGCGGGAAAGGGCCUGCGCCGCAUGCGCGCGCACAGUCGGCGGCCGCGGGCAGCACGCUCAAGGCCGGGAUGGCGGCGGCGGCGGCAGCAGGAAGCGGGACGCCCCGAGAGGAGGACGGACCUGCUGGGGAGGCAGCGGCCUCGCAGCCCCAGGCCCCAACGAGUGCGCCUGGGGCUCGUCUCUCGAGGUUGCCUCUAGCGCGAGUGAAGGCCUUGGUGAAGGCGGAUCCCGACGUGACGCUAGCGGGACAGGAAGCCAUCUUCAUUCUGGCACGAGCCGCGGAACUGUUUGUGGAGACCAUUGCAAAAGAUGCCUACUGUUGCGCUCAGCAGGGAAAAAGGAAAACCCUUCAGAGGAGAGACUUGGAUAAUGCAAUAGAAGCUGUGGAUGAAUUUGCUUUUCUGGAAGGUACUUUAGAUUGAUUGCUGAGCGGGGCAGUUUUGUGAGCCUUCAUCUGAAGCCUUCAGUUCACCCCUCUUCACAGGCCUCAGCUUUGAAGAAUGGAGUCUUUGCACUUACACACACUCUUCCUGUUCUGCCUUGACCUAUGCCGGGAUAAGCAGAGAUCUCAUCAAUUAGCUCUUCUCUGCAAGGUCUUCCACUACUUCUGUCUGUCUUCCAUAUCAAGCCUGGAUGCAGCUGCUGCUGCUUAGAGCAGAGAUGAAGAAAGUGUUCUGCAUAAGUGGCUUCCUGAAUGAUGAGGGCCAGAAUAAAGGUUUUCGAUCAACCUCA